UGUGGUGUAAGAAACUCAAGGACAACAUUAUUCCGUCUGUGGGCACUGUUUCCUCCCGAAUGAAGUGAUUCUGAUGGGACCGAUGAAUCAAUGAAUCCAACUUAGAACCUCCAUCCACCCAUCCAUCGCACAUGUUCCACACCCAACUCUUCAUCUCUUCUCUUUCUCUUACUCUUUCUUUUUCUCUUUCUCUACCACACAAUCCAUAACCAUGAACUCCAAUUCUCACUCAAUGUCAUCAACACCACCAACACCAACUAGUAACGAUGUUUCUGGUGGCAAGAAGGUUAGAAAGCCUUAUACUAUUACUAAGUCCAGAGAAAGCUGGUCGGAUGAAGAACAUGAUAAGUUCAUAGAAGCUCUUCAACUUUUUGAUAGGGAUUGGAAGAAGAUUGAAGAUUUUGUAGGUUCUAAAACUGUUAUUCAGGUAAUUCAUUAUUCAAUCCAUUUCUUUUAUGUGUCUUUAAUUAUUAUUCUAUUCACUUACUUUAAUAAUUUAUUUCAGAUUCGAAGCCAUGCUCAAAAGUACUUUUUAAAGGUUCAGAAAAAUGGAACACUAGCUCAUGUUCCUCCUCCUCGUCCUAAGCGGAAAGCUAUUCAUCCAUACCCUCAAAAGGCCACCAAAAAUGUUUUGGUGCCACUACCAGCAUCCAUUGCUUAUGGAUCUUCUUCAAAUAACCUUUUACCUGCAGGGUAUGUCACAUGGGAUGAAACUUCCAUGUUGAUGAAUACUUGUCAGGAUGAACUCAAUAAUCUUCAUGGAAAUGAAGCUGAUAUUACUGGAUCAAAGGGGAUAAGCAACAGUGGUGUUAGUGGUGUUGAGGACUCUAAUACAAGGCUCACUGCUUCUCAGAUGCCAAUGCAAGGGAAUCAAAAUCCUGCGGUUCAUGGUUUGCCGGACUUUGCUGAAGUUUAUGGUUUCAUUGGAAGUGUUUUUGAUCCGGAUACAAACGGUCAUGUGCAGAAGCUGAAAGAAAUGGAUCCUAUAAAUUUUGAAACUGUUUUGUUGUUAAUGAGAAACCUCACUGUCAACUUGUCUAGCCCUACUUUUGAUCCCAUUAAGAAGGCAAUGUCAACAUACGAUGUGAAUAAUAAUAAUGUCGCAGUAGGAGUUACUGAUGCGAAGAAGCAGACAAAUGAUGUAUCAUGUCAAACCACGUAAACCACAACUACCAAUUUGUUGACUUGGUCUGUGUUUUUUUCCUCUGCUCUCAUAUGUAGUUUUCUUUUUUGCUUUCAUAUUUUGUUUUUAUUGUAAUAACAGUUCUACAGUUAGAUUGUUCAAACAUAGAUGGAAGACCUAGGUUUGUAAAGCCAGUGAAUGCAACUGUUGUCCUUUGUAACCACAGUCAGGGUAGUAUAUGUUAGAAAGCUAAAGAGCACAGAGCAUAUUUUUCAACUUAUAGGGAAAUGUUAAUAAGUUAGUGGUUAUGGUAGUUUACAUUACCUACUUGGGAUCAUAAUAAUUGGGGUAUUGCUCUAAAUGUGUAGAUUCAUUACAUGUAUUGCCGAAUUUAAAUAUGCUACUGUCACUGUGUGUUGUCUUCACGCAAUUACACAGUCAAGAUUCUAUUAA